GCAGAACUGGACCUGGGUUCUUUCCAGCUCCCUACACUUCAGCCAGUGGUUCAGACUGCCUCUGAUGGCACGCCGCAGAUUUUCUCCAGUGGGGCUGACCUAAUCGGGUUGCAGCAGCCUGCAGUCCUGACACAUCAAGCACUGGUGCAGCAGUCAGUGGGAGCAGACGUUGUUAAUAAGGCCAUCAGUGUUCAGCCUUUUCUUCAGCAGGUUGGCUUAGGGAAUGUUACCAUACAGCCAAUUUCGAACCUUCAGGGCUUGCCUAAUGGAAGCCCAAGUGGGACAUUGGGAAUUGGGCCGAUUCAAGUAGUUGGACAACAGGUGAUGGCUAUUAAUCAGUCAGCUCAGCAGAUCAUUGCAAAACAAGUUCAGCCCUCCCAAGUGGCCACCAUGCCUGUUGGCGGUUACAUCACCCAGACAGCACCUGAGCAACAGCAGGUCACCCUCGCAUCCACAGGGGUGUCUCCACAGAACGCUGGCCUUGUCAUCCAGAAAAACCUGCCAUCAGUGGCCACUACCACACUGAAUGGAAACUCCAUGUUUGGGAACGUAUCUGCCACCCAAGGCUCCCAACCUCUCACAGUCACAUCGAACUUAAGCAGCCCAUUGGUGCAGGCCCAAAACGUGAUUAUCCAUAGAACACCCACACCAAUUCAGCCCAAACCUGCAGGGGUCCUGCAACAAAAGCUGUACCAGAUCACCCCCAAGCCAUUUGGUCCCAAUAAUACCACACUGACCAUCCAGAACGAGGCUGCCCUGCAACAGCAGAAGGCCCAACAGAACCUGACUUUUAUGGCAGGCAAACCAGGACAGAAUGUGGUACUGUCUGGAUUCCCGCAAGGUCUGCCUGCCAACAUGUUCAAACAGCCUUCACCGCAGCAGCAAGCCCUCAGCAAGCCCAUGAGCGUCCACUUGCUAAACCAAGGCAGCAGUAUUGUCAUCCCCGCGCAGCAUGUUCCUCAAGCCAUGUUACAGGGUCAGAACCAGUUCCUUCUUCCUGGGCAGUUAGCAGGUGCCUCUGCUGUUCAGAUACCCCAGCAGCUCUCAGCCUUGCAGGCUAACAUGGGAGGACAGAUCCUAACUUCGCACCCUAGUGGCCAAGCCCACAUCAUAACUAGCCAAGGGCCUGGUGGACAGCUGAUAACCAAUCAGGCCUUGCCUGCCCAAAUCCUUACCAAUCAGAACAUAGCUAGCCAGCUGAAUCUGGGGCAGGUGCUUACAUCGCAGAAUGCGCAUGGCACUGCUCACAUUCUUUCUGCACCUAUUCAGCUGCAGCCUGGUCAGGUGGGUCAGCCAACUUUGUUUCAGAUGCCUGUCUCUCUAGCUGGCAGCUUGACCACUCAGAGUCAGCCCUCUGCAGCCUCAUUGGCCAGUGGUGCCAUCGGUCAGACUGGGCAGACCGUUAUCCAAGGUGUAACUCUGCCUAAUCAAGUUGCUAUGUUAAAUUCCACUGAGAACCUCAACCAAGCUGUGAGCAUUCAGGCAUCUGCCACCACCAGCAGUCAAAGUCCAGGCCUCAUUCAGCCACAGCCUGCUUCUGGCACCAGCCUGCUGCCAAGCAGUGACCAGUCCUCUAUACUGACCGUCCAGACUGCAUCCCAGCCUCCAGCUCCACCUCAUCUUCAGUUGAAUGUGCAGCAGCAGCCUCCUCAGCAGCCAGCACAGCUACCUGUGACUUCACAGCCCAGCCCUAACUUGGCAUCCAGUCCAGAGAAGAUCAUCUUGGGCCAGACAGCUGCUGGAACUGUCAUAAACCAAGAUUCCAUGCAGAUGUUUCUGCAACAGGCAAGUGAAAUAUUGUAA